AUGAUUGCGCUUGAAUCGCGGGAUCAUGGAACUCAAUCGCAGAAUGUAUUACAUGGUGAUGACGAAGCAAAACUGAGUGAGAAACGAACAAACGAUAAUGAAUUUCAAAAUACAAUUCAAAUGAUUAAUUUACAAGUUCCGCCACAAGCAUUGUUUAAAUUUUUAUUGUUAAAAAUGGAAUACAGUACAAUGAAGGAUGCGUGA